AUAGGGAGGCAGAAGAAUAUAACAAAGCUGAGAGCAGAAAUUAUCUAUUAUCUACCAAACGAUUCUGUGAGCUUGGCUGUGAUUGACUGGGAAGAAUGGAGACCUACCUGGAAAAGAAAUUGGGGAGCCAAAAAAAUAUACCAGAACAAAUCUAUUGAUUUGGUUAUGCAUAACAAUCAAACUCUUAGCUUGUCCCUUGCCACGAAGAAAGCAGAACUGGAUUUUGAAAAGGCAGCAAAGAAUUUCAUGUUAGAUACAUUAAAACUGGGAAAAUCAUUACGACCAAGUAGCUACUGGGGUUAUUAUCUUUUUCCUGACUGUUACAAUCAUCAAUAUGUGAAUAAUAACUACAAUGGAAGUUGCUUUGAGAUAGAGAAAGGAAGAAACAAUGAGCUCAAUUGGCUAUGGAAUGAAAGCACUGCUCUUUACCCAUCCAUUUACUUGAAUACACAGUUAAAGUCGAGUCCAAAGGCUGCACUCUUUGCCCGAAAUCGUGUUCAGGAAGCCAUUCGGGUGUCUAAAGUGCACAAUGCUCAAAAUCCACUUCCGGUUUUUGUGUACGUGCGUCCAGUAUUUACUGAUGCAUCUGGAGAAUUUCUUUCUCAAGUUGAACUUGUAGAUACAGUUGGUGAGAGUGUUGCUCUUGGUGCCUCUGGAAUUAUAGUGUGGGGAAGCCUCAAUUUGAGCAAAAGUGAGAAAGCUUGCAAAGAACUACAAGAUUACAUGAAGACUGUUUUGAAUCCUUACUUACUCAAUGUCAGCCUAGCAGCCAAAAUGUGUAGCCAAGUGCUCUGUCAAGGACAAGGAAUAUGUAUAAGAAAAAACCGCAACUCAGCCGACUAUCUUCAUCUGAACCCAGAUACUUUUAAGAUUGAGGUUGGGGAAGAUAAAGAAUAUCAAGUUCAUGGGAAACCCACAGAUGCAGAUCUAAAAAAAUUCACUGAAAAAUUUGAUUGCAGCUGUUAUUCCAAUAUGAAUUGUACAAAGAAUGUUGAUGUAACCCGCACUGUUGAUAUUAAUGUAUGUUUUGCCAAUGUUUGUAUAUCAUCUAAUUAUAGUCAGUAG